AUGGCCAAGUUACCAGAAUUGCGACUACGAUGGCAGGCUAUCGUAGCCCAAGCAGAAGAAUUAUUCCAGGAUGUGACAAGGUCUGAGGCAGAGCCAGAGGAAGCUUCAGGCAGAAAGAGAUGGUGCCCUUUGACGACUCCAGGCUGGGGGAAAAGGCAGCAGGCGGAGAAACAGAUGGUUACAGUGGAGGCUCCUGUUCCCAGUAUGUCACAAUGUGAAGGUGCAGGUAAUGAUAUUAAUUUACCAGUGGUUGGGGCACAAGGUGGAGAGGAUGGCGAGGCACAGGCGGUUGAUGAGGGCUUGUUGGAUGGGGAUAUGAAAGGGAAAAAACAGUGUCAGACAGAGUGCAAAGGGGUUGGUACAGGCAUCCAGGUGUCCAGGCGCACAGAUGGGAAGCGUAUACUCAUUUUGGGCCAUUCGUAUAUCCAUUGGGCUGAGCAGAGUGCCUUAAUCAGGGAGGAUGGAAAUAUUAAUACCAGCAGUGACAGCAGCACACCACUUGCUAGGAAUCAUACUGCUUUUCCAGCUUAUGAGAUCUCUGAAAAUUUAACAAUUUUACUGGCUACUGUGAUGAUCUUCACAACUACCACGGACAUCUUUGGGAACAUACUAGUAGUAAUGUCUGUGUUACAAAACAAAAAACUCAGGAAUGCUGGUAAUAUGUUUGUCAUCAGUCUUUCUGCAGCAGAUGUCCUUGGUGCUGUUUAUCCAUACCCGUUGAUUAUUGCAUCUAUUUUACAAAACCAGUGGCAAUUUGGAGAACUACAAUGCCAGAUUUCAGCAUUCAUUCAAGGUUUGAGUUUCAAUGCUUCUCUCUAUAACAUCAUGGUGAUAGCAAUCAAUCGCUGCUGCUGCAUUUGCCAUGGGAUGAAAUAUGACAAGAUAUUCACCAUGAGGAACACCUACUGCUAUAUAUUCCUUACAUGGGCAAUCAGCUUUAGUUUAGUUUUACCAUUUCCCUUAUUGGGAGCUUUACAGUAUAAUCCACAUGUUUACAUCUGUACAUUCAUAUCCAGUGUAAACAAAGUGUUUACUACUGGUAUUACAAUCUGUCUUUUCAUUUUACCAGUAAGUAUUGUAAUCUUGUGCUAUGCAAGUAUCUGGAUUACUGUAUUACAGGUCAAAUACAGAAUCAAGAGAGAUAGCAAGCAAACUCUCCAGCCAUCAGAUAUGAGGAACUUUUUGACAAUGUUUGCAGUAUUUGUGGUUUUUGCAGUUUGCUGGGCCCCAUUCGCAAUCCCUGGCUUGAUUGCUGUUUUCAGCCCUCCAGGAAAGGCACCAAAUUUCCCAGACUGGUUGUUUGUUCUUGGUUUCUUUAGUGCAUGCUUCAACAGUUGCCUUAAUGGUAUUGUAUAUGGGGUUUUCAAUAAGAAUUUUCGGCAAGAAUACAAACAAAUAUUGUGGCAUCUGUUGACAUUUAUAAUAAGAGCCAUAAACUGA